UGUCGAUAAAGUUGCGGAACUUUGAAUGUCGUGUCCGGCAACAUGGCGGCCUCCGUGCUGACUUCUCUGGUGCGGUCCGUACGUCAGAUGGUUCCUUUUUCAGGUACAGGACAGAUAAGAAGUUACUAUGUGGAUUGGAGAAUGCUUCGUGAUGUAAAGAGGAGAAAGAUGGCCUUUGAAUUUGCAGAUGAAAGACUUCGGAUCAACUCCCUCAGAAAGAACACUAUAUUGCCAAAAGAUCUCCAAGAAGUAGCAGAUCAGGAAAUUGCUGCUCUUCCCAGAGAUAGCUGUCCUGUCAGAAUACGAAAUCGUUGUGUUAUGACGUCUCGACCCCGGGGAGUGAAGAGGCGCUGGAGACUCAGCCGGAUUGUCUUCCGGCAUCUGGCUGAUCAUGGACAACUUUCUGGGGUCCAGAGAGCAAUCUGGUGAUUCAACUCUAGCACCUAAUUACAGCAAAGUGGACACCGUGCUUGAGUGUUUGACAUUGUCAUUAAGUAAUGUGACCACCAUCAUGAAUUAACAAGCAGUAAACCAUAGCCCCAUGGUAGAACUGCUUUCCUUAAGUUGAUUUUUUAGCAGAAAAAAUCUUGGUAUUGUAGAAAUCUUUGGAGAACUGAAUUGCUUUCUUAUAAUUUAGCUUGUUAAUACUGGUAAAGAAAAAAAAAGAUUUUGAUGUGAAGAA